AUGGAGCUGGUAGCUGCACAAAUUGAAGAAUGGGAUGAAGAAAGUUCUGUUCCGCUAGCCCAUGUCUUGCAUAUUUUUGGAUGGGGCAGUGAAGUAGAGGCACAGAUCAAUGCAAUUUUAUUUGAAAGUGCAAUCCGUUCAUCUGAAUUUUCUCCUGAAUUACUAUCUAGCAUUCCACAUAUUCCUUGGGAGGUGCCACCUGAGGAAGUUAAAAGUAGAAGAGAUCUUCGAAAUUUGUGCAUAUUUACUAUUGACCCUUCCACUGCCAUUGAACUGGAUGAUGCUCUCUCUAUUGAAAAAUUGUCCAAUGGCAAUUUCAGAGUAGGAGUCCACAUUGCGGAUGUGUCAUAUUUUAUUUUACCGGACACAGCCAUCGAGAUAGAAGCACAAGUUGGAUCAACAAGUGUCUAUCUGUCACAAUACAAAUUACCAAUGUUGCCCCCAAUGUUUUCAGAGAAUCUGUGUUCUCUUAACCCUGGAGUAGACAGACUUGCAUUUUCUAUUUUUGUGGACAUCAACUAUGCUGGGGAUGUUGUUGACCAUUGGAUUGGCCACUCUGUGAUACAAUCUUGUUGCAAGCUUUCAUACAAACAGGCUCAGGACAUUAUUGAUGAAAUAAGUAAUGUGGAUAGUUCUAAUAUCACUGAAAAUGGGAAUCCCCAGUUGUAUGGCCAUUUCAAGUGGCCUGAUGUUGUUAGAUCUGUUAAAAGCCUUCAUGAAAUCUCCAAAAUUUUGAAGGAGAAGAGAUUUAGUGAUGGGGCUUUACGUCUGGAGAGCUCCAAAGUUGUUUAUCUAUUUGAUGAUCAUGGUAUUCCAUAUGAUAGCAUGCUUUGUGGACAGAAGGAGUCAAACUUUUUGGUUGAGUUUAUGCUUUUGGCAAAUAGGACAGCUGCGGAAAUCAUAUCUAGAGCUUUUCCUGAUAGUGCAUUACUGUGGAGGCAUCCUGAACCAAAUAUGUGGAAGCUCAGAGAGUUUGAAGCAUUUUGUUGCAAACAUGGUUUGGAAUUGGACACUUCUUCUUCUGGUCGGUUUAAUCAGUCGCUGGAGCAAAUCAGGGAAAAGCUCAAGGAUGAUACUGUGCUGUUUGACAUUCUGAUCUCAUAUGCUUCGAGACCAAUGCAAGUGGCUACUUACUUUUGUAGUGGAGAUCAGAAAAACGGUGAAAAUGAUUGGGGUCAUUAUGCACUGGCUGUUCCUCACUACACUCAUUUUACUUCACCUCUGCAUCGGUAUCCUGAUAUUAUAGUGCACCGGACACUGGCUGCAGCCAUAGAGGCUGAGGAGUUGUACUUGAAUUAUCGAGGAUCUCUGCCAAAAGUUAGCAGGGGAGAGAAAGUAGCAAGAAGAUGUUUCACUUGUAUUCAUUUUGAUAGAGAUACUGCGGAAUCCCUGGAAGGUAAGAAAGCACUGUCAGCUGCAGCAGUAAAGCAUGGAGUUCCCUGCUCUGAAUCACUUGCAGAUGUUGCUGCUUAUUGCAAUGAAAGAAAGCAGGCUAGCAGUCAUGUGAAGGAUGCCUGUGACAAGCUCUACAUGUGGGUCCUGCUAAAGAAAAAAAAGGUAUUUUUUAUUCUUCCUUCAGCGCAAUUUUAA